GACUACGCUCUUCACUUUCCAACAAAAGGCGUUAGUGGCUAUGUGGACAUCUGGGGUAUGCCCAGCUUGACGCAGUUCACUGUGUGUCUCUGGAUGAAAAAAAACGGCACUAGCAGUUAUAGUAGAAUGUUCUUUUAUGACUCUUAUGGUGCUCCUGGCCAGAGGACUGUAAUUUCGAUCGGGUACAACAUCUGGGGCUUUCCUGGCCUCGAAAUUGGUAAAAGCGGCAUAGGGUACAUAUUCCAUUUAAGAAAGAUGAAAUAGUAUUUAAAAAAUGAUCAUUAAAUUAUUUAUUUAUUCUUUCCUUUGGCAUAUUGCUAUAGAAAGGUCAAACAUGAAGAACAUUUUUAAUGUUAUCUAAUAGAAGUGUUAUAGUCAGAGCUAAUCCAAGCUAGCAUCGUAAUUUGAAGAAGCCAAUUAUACGAGGAGAGCGGUUCUGUAGUUUCCUCCGUGAUCGGGAAAUAUCCUCCUUUUAAUUGACAAACUUUGAUAGACACGACAAUGAUUCAGAAAUCAAAUCAGGUUACUCUCUAAGAAGCUUGGCAGAAAUACUGUCAAGAACUGUAGCUUUCGAUUUACAAAGUUUAGAUAACAAAGAAAAGACGGUCAACCUUCGUCAAUUUCAUAAAACGAGACAGGCUGUCGGUUUUAUUAGGUAAUGCAAAAGGCAAGCAUCAACUUCGCAGAUUUCUUUGGGUUGUUAAGUAUUUUCCACGAUCGUUAUAUGUUUCUGGAAACUGCCCACCUACCCCUCCCUUAAGCUAACAUUGACUCUUACUUCUCACUUAGGGAAAAAUGUUGGCUUAGGGGAGGGGUAGCCGGGGGGUUCUAAAUCUGCAAGAUGAAGCGAAUCCUGCGUUCUGAUUGGCUUCCCUAGCGGACAAAAAGACUGUGCAAGAAGAGUCCAUCUUGACCGUAUUUUCCGCGUUAGUCCCGCAAGUUCUCCUUUUGGUGAUAUAAAAAUAAAAUCCUUUAUUUACCAAACUUGUUCGGCCAAGAUGGCUUAAUAUUGGGCCUCACUCUUAUUUCGUCUGGGUCAAUAAAAAAGUAAAAAAAACUUGGGAAAUAUCUAGGCAUCUUGACCUAACAAGCUUGGUCAAUAACGCAUAAAUGUAUAUAUACAGUAAAAACCUGCAACUAAGAACCUACAUUUUUAGGAGUUAGCCUAAACAGGUUCUUAUAAUAAAUGGUAGUUAACAGAAUUUUAGGCUAUUUAGGUUCUUAAAAUGGGUUCUUAAUCCUGGAGAGAAACAAUUAAAACACAGCUGCAAACAAGUUGGUCAUUAGCCUAUACUUUUAUUUUCUUCAGCCCCACCCCACCCCCCACCCCCCAAAAACAUUUAAGAAUAUAUCAAUUUAUACAUUUACAUGUAUUUAUAUGCUUUGCCGAGCUGUACAAAGCUUUAACUGUAACAAUAAUAUUCAGGAUAAUAUUCAGAACAGGGCCCAACAAUGGCAAUCUGCUUUUUUUGCUUCANCCACCCCACUCCCCACCCCUCCAUUAUUAUUACUAGCUUUAAUGCAUAGUGGUUUGCUGAUCUACAUAUUGCUUAGUAUGCUUUGUAAGUCUACAUAUCUUGCACUCAUUUUUCUUUAAAAAACAUUUUUACAACAAUGGCAAUCUGCUUUUUUUGCUUCAAAUAUGAUUCUUGCAAUGCAGCUGUAAUGUACUAGUAUGCUUUCAGAAAAUUAGAACCUGUUUUAAAUUUCUUAGGCUAAAUAGGUUCUUGUUUAUAGGGGGUAUAAAUGACCAAUUUUAGGCUAACAGGUUCUUAAUUUUUAGUUUCUUAGUUGAGGGUUUUUACUGUAUAUAUGUUGUAGUAAAUUUUUUAUGUCAGGUAAUUUUUGCUUUUCUUUAGUUUUUGGGUAUGGUAAUGUAUGCUAAUGAAGUUGAAACAAAAGAAAAAUAGAAAUUACCUGAAAUAAUAAAUUAACUACAACAUAUAUAUCAAAAUAAAAUCUUCUAUAACAAGAAAUUCAUUUAUAAAAGUCAUCUAUAAAAAGAAUUUCCUUUCUCUCUUUUUAAUCUUCUUUAGUGGUUGGCGAAUUCAACUAAUUGAUGGAAAAUGGCACCACCUCUGUUUAUCUUGGGAAAACAUCAGGGGUCAUAUGAAAAUAUACAAAGACGGUACUUUAUCUGGGCAAAGCAGGGCGUUUCAGGCUGGUAAAGUGAUUAAGUCGGGAGGAUUGCUCACGUUGGCUAAACGUGCUCGAAGAAACAGCUUCGACGGGAUGUUGACAAACGUCAAUGUUUGGGAUCACGUGCUUUCCCCUGUAGAAAUCGAGAAGAUGUCAAAAUCGUGCCUCUUUGGGGAGGGGAACGUAUAUAAGUGGUCUGAUUUCAUUCAUGGCCUUAAAGGGGAAACCAGAGUAGUUAUUCCAUCUCCUUGCAAACCAAUGGCUUCCUAA